AUGGCAAGAAUUUUGUUCACGUUUGUAUGCUUAAUUGCUAGAGUUUCUACUUCCUUGGCGGCAGGUAAGUUAGUGCAAGAAGUAAACCCCAAAACAAGCAACAUUUUAAGACCCAGGGUGACAGGAUUGUAGCCUAGUCAGUAGAGCUCUGGGGCCCGUUUCUCGAAAGUCCCGAUAAUUAACGGGCCCGGUAAGCUGUCUCCGUUUACAUUAAAGAUUGAGGUUUCAAUACUGAGGUUUGCAUCUAACAUGAUAAAACUAUCAGUUAGUGAAACAAAAUGGAGUAGUCUGCAAGCCGGGACUGGCUGUCCUAUUAUUUAUAUUUCGAUUUGAAUAUUUGAUUUCGGGCCCGAAAAGUUACCUGGACUUUCGAGAAACGGGCCUCUGAUCUGCUGAACGGGAGUCAUCUUGUUCAAUUUCUAAGGCUGGAUCAUAUCAAUACUCUCAGUGUCGUACAUGUACUUCUACGACGCCCUUCAAAUGGCUAAACCUUAGCUUCACCUCACUCUGGAAUGAUCACAUAGAAAUUCCAGUCCGGUUUCCAGGACUCCAAAAAAAUGAUGAAUUUCCCUCAAUUAUGUGCUUAGGUGCAUAAUAUGUUAUAUUUUGAAUAAUCAGAUUGAUUCUUAAAUAGAGUAGCUUUUUCCUAGACAAGUUUUUGUGUGUGUGAGUACAGACAAAUCUCAGUCUUUUUUUGGACAAGAAUUGGGUUUGCUUGACCGAGAAGGAUCGUGCUCUUUAGCGAGUCGUGAGUCAUGCACCUCGAAUAUUGCUGAAUAUCGGUUGGAUUGAUUGUUCAAGCAAAGGCUAUCUUGCCAAAGUAUUUUUCUGAUAAAUCUUUUGUUCUGCUACUGGAACAAACCAUAAAGAAUAAAUUUAACGCUUUUUUGAUGUAAGAGCUUGAACAGAAAGUUAACCGCGAACACUGAUUAAUUGUCAGUACUAAAUUUUAAUCAUAGACACUAAGUACUAACCCCCCAACUCUUCUUUUUGCUCUAAAUGAAUUAAACACAUUUAAUAUGCAAAUGCAAAAAUUAUGGGCAGUGUGUUAAAACAAAGAACAUACGUUCAGAUUUUAAUUGUAGUUAACCAAAGUUCGUUUAUUUCUUGUUGUGUUAUCAGUUCAUGCUAUUUUAAAAGUCCGAUUUACAUUUAAUUUUCUUUAGUCAAACCUAACUGUAAUUUUUAUCGUUUUUCUAGAAAUUUGGAGCUAUGAUCUAACUGCUGCUGAUGGUAUGUUUUCUCGUUUUUAAUCGUAGCCUGUAUUGCAGCGCGAGAAUUCCGAGAAAUUCGGAAAAAGAACAAAGAAUUAAAACGGGAUUCAUUAGGAAAUUGAGUAAUUUUGAUUUUCAGUGGACACAAACCUUGUACCAGAAUAUUUUAAGCGAUAUCGCAUUCUUGUUUUCAAGUUUCAAGGGCUAUAGAUAUAACCAGUUAUCUGUAAUAACACCAGGGACAAUUUCUCAUGGGAGCCCAAGAAAAAAAUUGUCGAAGAAUUGUGAAAACAUAGGUAAAAUUCUGAAAAUUUCAUGUGUAAGAUGUCGUUCUGUAAAAUUUGACAUUUAUUUUCUUGGGCUCCCAUAAGAAUUUUUAUUUGGUGUUAUUACAGAUAACUAAUUACAUCUAUAGCCCUUGAAAAAUGCAAAAAGAAGGCGAUAUUGUUUAAAUUAUUCUGGUACAAGGUUUUUGCCAACUGAAAAUUAAAAUUACUCGAUUUCCUGCCGUAACACUGAACAGGAAUAGGGCGAGGACCUGCGGAUCAGGAUCAUCACGUGAGCGAUACUUGAAUCGAACAUUCGACUGAUGGAGACUGACGUUGUGAUAACCAUGAUAACGUCGAAAUAUUUCGGUAAAAAUCGCUUUGGCUCUGAGUAAGAAAAUUUUCUUACCAAUAUUGAUGGCUGGGUUAAAUCAAAGACUUCAUUAUCCGGCGGAUUUUUCGAUUAGGAUCAAGAGCUUCAUUUUGCAUUCUAACACGAAAAAAAGACAAUCGCACUCCAACUUUCGCACCCUCUUGCACGGGAGCGCACGCUUCCUGACAAUAAACUGUAUGAUCAGUUAUAUAUUAUAUUGUCCCUCUAACUCUUCUCUAGGACCCAAAAGUUGGAGUGGCAUUUGCAGUUCCGGUAGUAAACAGUCACCUAUAGACAUAAGCACCACCGCAGCCAUGUAUGACUCAAGCCUGGGUGAUUUUACACUUGCCAACUACGCGAAUACGCCAGCUGGUGUCAAUUUUACAGCCUCAAACAACGGUCAUUCUUUGAAAGUGUCAUUUGACAGCAAAAUGUACCACGUUAGCGGAGGUGGCCUUCCCGGGAUUUACACCACCGUUCAGUUUCACCUGCACUGGGGAUCAAACAACAACCAAGGAUCGGAACAUACACUGGACGGGAAAAUGUUUUCUGCCGAGGUGUGUUUCUCGAUGAGGCAAUGGCUGCUGUGUGGUGUCAACUGCCCAUUUUUUACACUUUACUGUGAACGCAUACUUUACGUUUAGUGUGUUACAAAACUUUAGUGUGUAACCAGCUAUUUCGUCACCAAAAUCAAUGGGGCGAAAGUCCAUUCAAGGUCCCUUAACAAAAUGUCCCGCGAAGAGAAUCAAGUGUUACAGGGCUAAAAAAUUGUUAGUAUUAAGGUGCCCUUAUCCCGUCACUACUAUAACUGUACUUGUAAUGACUUGAGUAUUAUUUUCAAUUUGCAGCUCCAUUUUGUCAGCAUGAACACCAAAUACUCCAACCUCAGUGAGGCGCUAGGUCAUUCAGAUGGUUUGGCCGUGCUGGGUGUUUUUCUUAAGGUAAAGAUGUGUGCCUCUUCAUAAAACCCAUUCACUCCCAGACUCGUUUUUAAAGACGUGUAAUAAGUGCCCACCUUACGGCCUUGAAUGGAUGGAGCGGUUCUCCAAUCACCUUGAAAGAUGGUUUCGCUCAGUGUUGACACUUUCAAGGUCAAAGAGAAUUUCAAUAUCACAGAGAAAUCGCUAGAGUUUUCUAAUGGCAUUUAAUUUUUGUUUUGGUUAUUUUACUUUGUUAUUUGUUUAUAUUUGUUUGUUUUUUUCUCUAGUAAAGACAACAAUAAAAAAUUCAUUUGUAGUUCAAAAGAAGAAGUAUAGAGGAAUGUCAAAAGGGGUAAAAUCCUAAGUGAACUAAGGCACUAAUUUUUCUUUUUAAUUAUUAUUACUAUUAUUAUUGCUUUCUAAACUGAUGUUAGGUUGGCUCAAGCGAAAAUCAGUACUAUCAAAUGUUCUUGGAUCAAAUCAACUCUGUGAUGUACGAGGGUAAGUGGUUUUGCCAGCAUUCUUAGGUCAGGAGGAUCAGAGAACCGUUGCGUGUUUUAAAAACUGUGCAGUAAAUUUAAUAUUUGAGAAAACGCACGCAGUGGUUCGAAAAGCCUGCAGAUGUGUUAUAGGUUCUUCUAUUAUAUAUAAUUCUUUCUUUUUUCACAUGUAUUUAAGGCAUGUGUGAUCGUUUUUCUUUUCGUAUGGAAGGGAAGUUCUAAAACUUUUAUGUGGCCCCUUGAAGGUGCUUCUAGGGCUUGCCCUUUGUCCCGAACCUUUCUUUAUCCUUUACGGUUGGAAUUGCUGUUUUUUACCACAAAAACAUCCAUGAUGUAAAAUAAUCUCUAGCGCAUUAUUUAAAAAAUAUAAAUAUAAACAUUUAAGUGAUUUUUACUGUUAUCUUCCACUUCACAGGUGAUAGUGUGAGCUUUCCAGCAUUCCCUCUUGUAAAUCUCCUUCCAACCGACAAGACCAAGUACUAUCGGUACAAUGGUUCGCUAACAACGCCAACCUGCAAUGAAGCUGUUACCUGGACUGUUUUCAACGAUCCUGUUGAGAUUUCACAGGCUCAGGUA